UCUUCUUCUUCUACGAUUGGAGAAACAAACGGAAAAUUUGAUCGGAGAGAGUUAAGAUCUAAGGAAAGGGGAGAUGGAGAGCAGACAAUCGAGCAAGAACUCGAAGAAGACCUAUGUUUUUUUAUUGCUUGCCUUAAUACUAUUGAGUUCGAUCGAGCGAAUCUCGUCGCUCUCGGUGACGGUUAGCGACGAUGAAUGCGUCCAAGAGUAUGUCCUUUACGAAGGAGACACCGUCUCCGGAAACUUCGUCGUCGUCGACCACGAAAUCUUCUGGGGAUCAGACCAUCCCGGUUUGGAUUUCACGGUGACGUCUCCAGCUGGGAACAUUGUACAGACGUUGAAGGGAACAUCAGGAGAUAAGUUUGAGUUUAAGGCGCCGAGAAGUGGAAUGUACAAGUUCUGUUUCCACAACCCUUACUCUACUCCUGAGACUGUCUCCUUCUACAUUCACGUUGGUCAUAUCCCCAACGAGCAUGACUUAACCAAAGACGAACAUUUGGACCCGGUGAAUGUUAAGAUAGCUGAGCUGCGAGAGGCUUUGGAGUCUGUUGUUGCUGAGCAAAAGUAUUUGAAAGCACGUGAUACUCGUCACCGUCAUACUAAUGAGAGCACGAGAAAGCGGGUGAUAUUCUACACAGUAGGAGAGUACAUAUUCCUAGCAGCAGCAAGUGGUCUUCAGGUUCUCUACAUCCGCAAGCUCUUCAGCAAGUCGGUUGCUUACAACAGGGUUUGAACAUAACUAAAACCCCAUCAAGGUUUUUUAUGUUUGCACUGAUAAACACAAAAGUGGUAGUUAAUUAAGAGCUUAAUAGCUAAAGACCCCCUUUUUUGUUUUCGGUUUUGUACAAUUUUUCAUUGGCUUCAGUUUCGCUUAUGUUUAACAUGGAGAAAAACUAGAUAAGCUUAUAUUCUGUAACAUUUAUCUUACCUUUGGGAUUAUCUUAUCAUAUGAUCAUCAUUCA